GGGCAGAGGCAGCGGCACUCUCCCAGCACCAGCACCGGGGAAGGGACCCUCCCCUCGCCAUGGCGUCCCUGGGGCAGAUCAUCUUCUGGAGCAUUAUUAGCAUCAUCAUUGUGUUGGCUGGAGCCAUUGCCCUUAUCAUCGGUUUUGGUAUUUCAGGCACACACUCCAUCUCAGUCACGACUCUCACCUCGGCUGGGAACAUCGGGGAGGACGGAAUCCUGAGCUGCACUUUUGAACCUGACAUCAAACUUUCUGAUAUCGUGAUACAGUGGCUAAAGGAAGGUGUUAUGGGCUUCGUCCAUGAGUUCAAAGAAGGCAAAGAUGACUUGUCAGACCAGAAUGAGAUGUUCAGAGGCCGGACAGCCGUGUUUGCUGAUCAAGUGAGAGUUGGCAAUGCUUCUCUGAGGCUGAAAAAUGUGCAACUCACAGAUGCUGGCACCUAUAAAUGUUACAUCAUCACUUCCAAAGGCAAGGGGAAUGCUAACCUGGAGUAUAAAACUGGAGCCUUCAGCAUCCCAGAGAUGGAUGUGGACUAUAAUGCCAGCUCAGAGAGCUUUCGAUGUGAGGCUCCCCGAUGGUUCCCCCAGCCUACAGUGGUCUGGACAUCCCAAGUUGACCGAAGAACCAACUUCUCAGAAGUCUCCAAUACCAGCUUUGAGCUGAAUUCUGAGAAUGUAACCAUGAAGGUUGUAUCUGUACUCUACAAUGUCACAAUCAACAACACAUACUCCUGUAUGAUUGAGAACAACAUUGCCAAAGCCACGGGGGAUAUCAAAGUGACAGACUCUGAGAUUAGAAGGCGGAGUCACCUAGAGCUGCUGGACUCAAAGGCCUCCCUGUGUGUCUCUUCUUUCUUUGCCAUCGGCUGGGUACUCCUACCUCUCUCCUCUUACCUGGUCCUAAAAUAACGUGCCUUGGCCACACAGAAACGUGCAAAGUCAUUAGUACAGCAGAAUCCCAGGAAUCUGCAGAACAAUUUCACCACAAGAUAUAACCUAGUUUUCUAUUUCUUGGGGGAAAUGAAUUCAUGCCUAAAAGCCUGGAGUGAACAUCCAAGAUCAAGAAGCAAAAAGAAGCCAAAAGCAACCCACUGAAGACUCCAAUAUGAACAAGAUAAAUCUAUCUUCAAAGACACGUAUUAAAAGUUGGGGAAAUAAUUCAUCUGAACUAGAGAAGUGUGUUAAGACUGCGAAGUAAAAUGCAUGUGGGGACAAGUGUACCCCCCCAUAUCUCAGGGACCUCCCUUUACCCAUCCCCAGUUGGGGAGUGAGAGGGUGGGCUAUUGCAGCUCCCCGUCUCUGGAUCUUGUUAUCCUGCUGUAAUGUCGCCCCCAGAAAGUUUCAAUUGCAAUAUGUCCAUGCUUAAACUUCUGUGGAAACAGCAAGAAGCUGCUAGUCAGCUGCCACUUCACAACAGAGGUGGCUGCAUCUUAGUGGUGGGUCCAACGAUCCGCUUGUCACUAUGAUGCUUCCAAACGUGCCUCGGCAUCUCUUCCCACCUGACAAACGCUGAACAAGUGUGGGACGUGACUGUAAUUUUAAGGUAAAAAUCGUAGUUGGGGGACAUUUUCUAAAUGAUCCGAGUACCUUCUUUUCAAAAACAAACAAAUGCCAUUUUAUUUCUCAGGUGACGUUUAGCCUUGAGUGGGCUCGGAAAGGCCUCCCAUCUUGGCCACAUGGGCGUUAAGUCACCACAAGGUCGCAGGCUUGUGCUUUCCAGCCUGUGUGGCCUGAGAGGACCUCAGGUCUCAACAGCAUCUAGAGCAGUGAGACUCACUCAACCGGGCUCAUUCUGCAAACCCCCAGGGAUAUUUAGAAAUGUUUGGAGACUUUAACUAUCACAAUUUUGGGGGAGGGAUGCUACUGGCAUCUAGUGAAUAGAACUCAGCGCCCUACAAUGCACACGACAUCCACCCACAACAAAGAAUUAUCCAGCCCAGUAUGUCAAUCAUGCUGAGGUUAAGAAACCCUGAUGCUGAAUAGGAAAGGAUCUUAAAAAUAGGCAUUAGCCUCUGUCACGUAGGCUGCGGUCUCAGACCAGAGAGCCAGAAGUCAGUUUGGGGCAACCAGGAAUUUCUGACGGAUUAUCUGCAGCUGUUGAGCUUCUGAGUUCCUUUCCCUUAGUUUUUCUCUACAAAUAAAGUUCUGUGAGGGACCUGCUUGAGUUCCAUCUCAAGUUCUCCCUCUCUGAAUUUAGAUCUCAGAACCCUACCUAGUCACAUUCAAAUUAAGACAAUAAAAACAUGUACCUUCCUUGAAGCCCACAGAGAAAUCUGAAAGCAGGGACAAUAAACCUUUGAAAGGAGGCCCUGAGGAACGAGGCUUUGAUAGGAAAGAAUAUUUUGUUUCCAGCCCCCUACCCACACCUUUCACGUGUUGACUACGGCCUCCCGGGCACUUUGGACCCACCACGAUUGUAUUACAUUUUGUUAUAGAAAACUUGAUUGUAUAGUUCUGAUCACUCAUGAGAAUGAUUAAAUAUGCAUUUCCUA